AUAGGCUUCUCAUUAAGAAACUUUCUAUGAAAAUGUGUAUAAGUCAAACCAUUAAUUUUGAAUGCUAGGGAGUAAGGAAAUGUCAAGAUUAUAAAUUUCAAAGAUAGAGUUUAAUAAUAUUUUUUUGACAACUUUAGAAAAAUAGGGUAGGUGUUUGAAAAUCUGUUUUUGAUGAACUUGACUUGCAUGUAAAAGAAAGGAUAAGAUCUAAAACCUAUUAUAAUAUAGUGCGGCCUAUCAAAUAAUUUAUGAUUCAUCGCAGUAAUAUUUAUUUUGGUUGCUUUGAUUGAAAUUUUUGUUUACAGAGUAACGAAAUUAGCUUAGAGAAGUGUCAAAG